AUGUCAGCGUGCUCCUCGCAGCUCACACGUCAGGCUUCCUCUGACAAUGAAGACAGGAGGAUGAAGAGGAAGGAGAAGAACAGAAGUGCUGCGCAGAAAAGGCGCAAGAGACAAACACAAAGAGCUGACAUGUUGCACCAGGCGUGUGAGAAGCUUCAGCAGAGGAACACAACUCUGAGGCAGGAGAUAGUGUCUCUGCGCGAGGAACAACGUAUGCUGACUGAAACUUUGGGGAACCAUGAGCCUGUCUGUCCCACCAUGCACUGCCUGCAAGAUGACAUCAUCAUGUCCUGCGUCCUCUGAAUCCUUGUUACCUCAGCUGCUUCCUCCAAAAACCCUGUAUCGAUCAUUAAUGUUAUGCACUCUAUUUAUGCUUGGUAACCACACCUUUUUGAAGUGAAUCUGUAGGAAUUUGUAAGGUUGACUUUUGGCUUUAGUGAUGUUCCAUACAUAACAUUGUUGUAACCCAGGGGGCGGCAAUCAAAAACGUUGAAAGAGCCAUAUUGGACUAAAAUUACAAAAAACAAAUCUGUCUGGAACCGCAAAAAAUGAAAAGCCGUAUGUAAGUCUUAUAAUGAAGGCGACACAUGACGUAAGUGUCUAUAUUAGCUAUAAUAGCCUACUAUCAAAAUGACUAUGUGUCGCAGGCUGAAGCAGAUCUUGGUUGACAGAAAUGUUGAAAUGUAAUAUUUAUUCUACACAUUUUUACAACAUUGAAAAACAUUAGUCAAUCAGAGGCUACUUAGAAGCUGAGAACUCCUGGAAAUUACUGUCUCAGAAUGGCCAAAGCUAUAGAUGUGUGUGUCCAAGUUUAAGGAAGCGGCAGGCUGUCUUCUUCUAAAAGAUUUAUUACAAUCUUUGGCAAGCUAGGUAAUGUUUGCUGUGGUCUGGAACAACAUGGCACACAAACAACUAUCUGAAAUGCAGCCAAUAUUACAUACAGAUAAUGUGUCAUGAGACAUGCAAAACUAAAUUAUAUACGAAGAGCAUAAAAGUAAAGGAUAUUAAAUGAGCUCAAAUAUACCUACAAGCGACGCAUAAUGAUGCAAUAUGUACAUACAGCUAGCCUAAAUAGCAUGUUAGCAUCGAUUAGCUUGCAGUCAUGGAGUGACCAAAUAUGCCUGAUAAGCACUCCAACAAAUCAAUACAAAGUUCACCUUUGUGCAUUCAUGCACAGCAUAAAACAUUUGGUGGACAAAAUGAGACAAAGAAGCAGUGGCAUAAAACACGUCUUUCUGUGGCAGUGUCGGAGAAAGUUGUAUAUGUAAACAAACUACGAUGAGUUCAAGGAUUGCUGAAAUUAGUAGGACAAAACGGUGCUUUGCCCAAUACUCAUCAGUGAAGCAUGUAUAACAUAAACAGUGGGAUUUCUAACAAUUAGGAAGGUUUUCUGUCAUGUUUGUUCUCCUACAGAAAAUAUAUUAAAACAAAAAAUAUAUUUUAUAUAUACAUAAAUAAUGUUUUUCUUCAUCUUUUUCCAUUUUUACACAUCUCUGAAAGAGGUCCAGGGAGCCA